AAAUAAUGGAAGCGGUAGUGCUGCAACAACAUCUGAAUCAUCAUCAUCGGUCAUUUCACCCUCGGCCAUGGCUGAUGAUACACUGCACGUAGAAAUCUCGGACGCAUUGAGUGAAAAGGAUAAAGUUAAAUUUACGGUUCACACACGAACCACAUUGCCGGGCUUUUCAAAGCCCGAUAAUAAUGUUGUUCGGCAACAUGAAGAAUUUGUAUGGUUGCAUGAUCGUUUCGAGGAGAAUGAAGAAUAUGCGGGUUAUAUUAUACCACCAUGUCCUCCCCGCCCUGACUUUGAUGCAUCCCGUGAAAAACUACAACGGUUGGGAGAAGGCGAAGGCAAUAUGACCAAGGAAGAGUUUAGAAAAAUGAAAACUGAAUUGGAAGCUGAAUAUUUGGCAACAUUCAAAAAAACCGUUGCAAUGCAUGAAGUAUUCCUACGACGUUUGGCUAAUCAUCCCGUUUUUCGUAAUGAUCAACAUUUAAAAGUCUUCUUGGAAUAUGAUCAAGAUUUGUGUGCUAAACCGCGCAAGAAGUCAGCAAUAUUCGGGGGUCUUGUCAAAUCAUUGGGCAAGACAACAGAUGAAAUUAUAUUGGGGGUGACCGUGCGUGAUGUAAAUGAUUUCUUUGAAAAUGAAUUACAAUUUCUUACGGAAUAUCAUAGUCAUUUGCGGGAGGCAUCAUUGCGUACGGAAAAAAUGACACAAAGACAUAAAGAUGUUGGCGAAUGUCAUCAAAAGAUAUCGAAUGCAUUGCGGCAUUUGUCGACCGCCGAAAAGGGUUCUAUGGAGGCGUUUUGUGCCAAAACGGCUGAUAUAUUUGAGAAAAUUAAGAACCUCGAAGUACGUGUGGCCAGUGAUCAAGAUCUAAAACUGGGUGAUACAUUACGUUAUUAUCAACGUGACAGUGAGGCGGCCAAAGCUUUACUAAUUCGCCGUUUACGUUGCCUAGCCGCUUAUGAAGCGACAAAUCGUAAUUUGGAAAAAGUUCGUGCUAAAAAUAAGGAUAUUCAUGCGCCUUUGGAAGUUCAAGAGGCCGAGGCAGCCCAAGCUGAAGCUUGUGAAAAAUUCGAAACAAUGUCGGCCUGUGGUAAAGAAGAAUUGGUCAGUUUUCGCAAUCGCCGUGUACAGGCAUUCAAGAAGAGCCUUAUUGAAUUAGCUGAAUUGGAAAUAAAACAUGCCAAAAAUCAAUAUGAAUAUUUACGUCAAUCUUUAUUAGCUUUAAAAGAAAUUUAAUACUUAU